GCCGGGAGACACAGAUCGGCCACGAGACCGGUGUCACGAUCAGUCGAACGUAGCUUCCGGCCGGUGGAACAGGUGCUCUGCUCUUCUUUUUGCGUCACGCUCGCCGAAGGGAACCGGAUCACUGGGUCAAGGCUGUGGACAUGAAGACCAAGAACAGGACGCUGUUCAGUAGGAUGUGCAAGUGCUAUGGCAAGCAGUCGGAAUCGCACGCGCAGGCACAGCAGACAGAGCAAGAGGCCGCCACUCUGCCGGAAGUGCUCGACGAGAUAAGAGACAUCUGCAAGGACCUCGUCCUUUCAGAUGACCAGCUUCGAAUGGUUAUGCAGAAGCUCGACGAGGAGAUCAACAAAGGACUGUCCAAGGAGACGCACAAUCAGGCGAGCGUGAAAUGCUUCACGACCUACGUUCAAGAUCUUCCCGAUGGCACUGAGAAGGGUAACUUUCUGGCCCUGGAUCUGGGCGGGACGAAUUUCAGGGUGCUGUUGAUCACCCUGGAGGGCCAGAACUUCGUCAUGAAGAGCAAGAUCUACGCCAUACCGCAAAGCCUGAUGUUAGGGACCGGUACAGAGCUGUUCGAUCACAUAGCACAGUGUUUGGCGUUGUUUGUCAAGGACCUGAAUCUUCAAGAACACGUGCUACCACUCGGUUUCACGUUCAGCUUUCCGCUGACUCAAGAGGGGCUGACCAAAGGCUACCUGGUCAGGUGGACCAAGGGUUUCAGUUGCAGCGGCGUGGUGAACGAGGACGUGGUUGCUUUACUCGAGAGGGCGAUUGAAAGGAGAAACGAUGUGAAAAUCGACGUGUGCGCCAUCCUAAACGAUACCACUGGUACUCUGAUGUCGUGUGCUUGGAAAAACAGGAAUUGCCGUAUCGGAUUGAUCGUCGGGACCGGUACCAACGCCUGUUACGUGGAAAAGACGAAUAACGUGGAAUGCGCAAUCCCAGGAAACUUCGAGCCACAAAAGCCUCAUAUGCUAAUUAACACCGAAUGGGGUGCGUUUGGCGAGGGUGGUACGAUCGACUUCAUUCUCACAGAGUUCGAUCGCGAUGUAGAUCAAACUUCGAUCAACCCGUCGAAACAGCUGUUCGAGAAGAUGAUCUCGGGUAUGUACAUAGGAGAGCUGACAAGGUUGGUCCUCCAGAAGGUGGUGAACGCUGGCCUGCUGUUCGGUGGAAGGUGUCCCAGUAUACUCAAGACACGCUACAAAUUCCUCACGAAAUACGUCUCAGAAAUUGAGAACGAUGCUAAAGGAAAAUACACGAAUUGCCGUGAAGUGCUGGCGGAAAUAGGGUUACGAAACGUGAGUGAUCAGGAUUGCGAGAACGUCAGGUACGUUUGCUCGGUCGUAUCGAAGAGAGCAGCCCACUUGGCUAGCGCUGGAAUCGCUACGUUGCUGAAUCGGAUAGGCGAAGACAACGUCACAAUAGGAAUUGACGGUUCGGUCUACAGAUACCAUCCCUACUUUCACGAUCUCAUGGCCGAGAAGAUUAGCCAAUUACAGAGCCGUAAGUUCGACUUGAUGCUCUCAAAAGAUGGCAGCGGUCGUGGAGCAGCGCUAGUCGCUGCAGUGGCUGCUGGACACCGGUGAAGACAACGGCUGUGCCGCGUCUCUUCAGCUUACUGUUAGCUUAACCCUUUGCGUUCGACGUACAGAGAUAUUAUAUUUUAAUAUUUCAUCUAUAUCUACACCUCGAAAAAUAAAUUUUUAAUACUAAGUUCUGUAUUUUUCUUCGUAUAUUAUUUUACAAAACACUCGAGUAUCGCAAUAGUAUGUUGUUUCGUGUCCUCCACCAGGUUUGUCUGGGUGAUAGCAAGUAUUACAAUCCAUUUUUGUUAAAAUCACACGAAGCUUUCCGUUUAAUUUAAUAUUUAUCAAGACUGCUCGUCGAGCAUUCGAUACUUAAACGUACUUAAAACUCAGCGGAUGGUCCUACGAGGUUUCCAUCUUAAAUUACCAAAGAUUCGUGUGAUACCACCUGAUACAAUGUUUAACACUAUCUCCAUAACCGGUUUGUGAUUUUUCAAAACUGAUGUCACUCCUAGAUAAUAGAUGAAACGUUUUACCUCUGUGUUACACAUCCUGGGACAGCAUAAGCAGCUGAUUCCUAGGCCGAUAUCGUUGUUAACACCUGGAGGAUGUACGAAAUGAACAUAAGCAAGAAUUGUCAUCUUCAUUCGCCAUUGAAAUUGUCGCAUGAAAGACAAUGACGACCGCGAGUCGUCCUCUCGAGCGCAAAGGGUUAAAAUAAGUUCUAGGCAGUAACGAUACAAAUGUGACACACCAUUAACAUACACGUACACAUAGAAAUGCAUGAAGUCACGCGUGUGUGCCGAGGAGAAAGUGGAAGUAAACUAGCUAUUAAAAUUGAAUCAAAGAUGCGAGAGAAAUGUAGAAGCGAAUGGAAGAACGAGUGAGUCUCUGUCUGCCAGGUUCAAAUUUCAAUGUAUGACCGAGGUGUGAAUGUGUAUCUGCGGACGUAGGUAAACUUUAAUGUAAACUGGAGGAUGAGUGUGAGAGCGAGAGCGAGAGCGAGAACGAGAGAGAGAGAGAGAGAGAGAAAGAGAGCUGCAUACGCACUUGUAUGUACAUAGAGCAUAAAAGGUAGCCUAGCCACGCGAAGACUUGGAAGCGAGGGUCUUUGAGAUAGCGAAAAAUUCAUAAAGCCGUGAAACGUUCUCGCGUGAAACGAAGCUGCACACGAGUGAACGAAUAAAUAAAUUAGUAAAAUGCAACAGAGGUCUCAUUACUGCCAUAAGUGCAGCUCGACACGUACGCACAGGUGCGCCUGGCUGGAUGCUAGGGAGGAAUAGUAUUUUACAAAGCGUGACUACUAAUUUAUGGCAGUUCUCGUGUGCACCUAAUGCAGAGUAUGUUCUAUACCGCGAAACAUCGAUAGACUCGAUAUAUCGAUAGAAUCGAUCACGGUGUUCCUCGAACGGGCAGAAGAUGCAACCGGUCCGGUGAUCAGGCGAGCCAGGUCUCUUCUGUUUCGCACACUGCUACAGAAUCUUCAGGGAUGAGAAUGAAAGUUAGUUCGCACUGAGCGAUUUAUAAGUUAUUUGUAUCGUCGUUUUGUCCUACAUUAAUCUUAUUGUAACGUUUAGAGAGCGUGAUUGGACGACGGUCGCGCAGACUGAGCAAAGGGAUCCGUGUGAGCGAGAGCCAGCGAAGCAGAUUAUAUAUAUAUAUCCAGGCGAAACGUUAAAAAGACGAAGAGAUAACGCGAGCAGACAUUAGCGGAAGUGUGUUUUGCGACAGUCUAUUAGAAAAAGAAGUAGUAGCGUUUUAUGGGAUUAGGCGGUUUGAAUAUUUAGAUUUAUAGGUCGCGCUCAACGGGUUCGUGUUCUUUGGACGUUCCUCUUUAUUGUCCCGACGAUAACGCCGAUCCUCCGGCAUAGUCUCGAGAACGGUCCCUCGAAGACGCACGCAUCGACGUCGCGACUGGAAUUGUCUUGAAACGCGCAAGGGGCAAAAAGGGAGAAAGAGAAUUUAGAAAAAGAAGGAGAGAAAAGGAAAUGGAUGCACAUGUGCAAGAACGCACGCUCACGAGUUCCAGUCGUGACUCUCAAUACCGUGUUCCCCGCCACUCUCUCGUGUCGAGAGGCGAAUAUUUCUUUGGAGUUCAAAGAACGAUGGAGCUGUAUAGUAUACCAGGUGUUUCGAGAGGAAAUUGCUAGCCUGUUGUCGCGAAGUUGUAAUAAAAAUAAGACACUUAAGAUUCUA